GUUGAAGAAAAGUGAAAAUAAAAUUUUCGUAAAGUGUUGGAGUUAUAUAUGGCUUCUACUCCUGGGAUCCUUUCCGAAUGGCCUUGGAAGCCACUUGGGAAAUUCAAGUACUUAAUAUUGGCACCAUGGGUGAUUAGGAGCACGUACAUGUAUGUAACAAAGGAGGAUCCAAGAGAGAGAGAUUUGUCAACUUUUCUUAUUUUCCCAUUUUUAUUGUCAAGAAUGCUUCACAACCAGAUUUGGAUCUCUCUUUCUCGUUACCGAUUAGCCAAAGGAAACAAUCGAAUCGUGGACAAGAGUCUUGAGUUUGACCAAGUCGAUAGAGAAAGAAAUUGGGAUGACCAAAUAUUGUUCAAUGGAAUACUGCACUACUUGGUAACCCAUAUACUUCCAAAUGGUACAAACGUGCCUACAUGGAGGACAGAAGGAGUAAUAAUGGCUAUUCUGCUCCAUGCUGGUGUUGUGGAGUUCUUAUAUUAUUGGCUUCACAGAGCUCUUCACCACCAUUAUCUCUACUCUCGUUAUCACUCUCAUCACCAUUCCUCCAUUGUCACAGAGCCCAUUACUUCUGUUACUCACCCAUUUGCAGAGCAUAUGUCAUAUUUCUUUCUAUUUGGAAUCCCACUAUUGACAACUACAGUCAGUGGAACUGGCUCCCAAGCUGUGAUAUUUGGUUACGUAACUUAUAUUGACUUCAUGAACAAUUUGGGUCACUGCAACUUUGAGCUCAUUCCCAAGUGGUUUUUCUAUGUCUUUCCUCCUCUCAAGUACCUUAUGUAUACCCCCUCGUUUCAUUCGUUGCACCACACUCAGUUUCGAACCAAUUAUAGCUUGUUCAUGCCAAUUUAUGAUUACAUCUAUGGAACAGUAGACAAAUCUCUGGAAGAUUUAUAUGAAAUGUCACUGAAAAGGAAAGAGGAAUUACCAAAUGUGGUGUAUCUAACACAUUUGACCACACCAGAGUCCAUAUACUAUAUGCAGAUAGGGUUUCCUGGUUUGGCCUCUAGGCCUCAUGACUACUCUUCCUCAAAAUGGUACCUUUGGUUCAUGUGGCCUCUCACUGCUUUGUCUUCUCUAUUGGCUGGGAUUUAUGGCCGAACUUUUGUGGUUGAGAGCCACCGUUUUCAUAAACUCACACUCCAAACUUGGGUUGUACCAAAGUACAAGAAGCAAUAUUUUCUACAAGGGCAAAAAUCAUCCAUUACCAAUUUGAUUGAGAAAGCCGUACUUGACGCUGAGGAGAAGGGUGUCAAAGUACUGAGUCUAGGUCUCUUGAAUCAGACGGAAGAGUCGAAUGCAUAUGGUGAGGUUUACGUGAAAAGACACCCUAAGUUGAAAGUGAAGGUUGUAGAUGGCAGCAGCCUAGCAGCGGCUGUAAUACUAAACUCCAUACCAAAAGGAACGACCCAAAUCUUGCUAACUGGCAAUCUUACUAAGGUUGCUUAUGCCGUUGCUUUUGCUCUCUGCCAGAAGGGUAUCCAGGUGGCUUCACCUAAGGAUGAUGAAUACAAGAAACUCAAGGAAUCAUUUAUCAAUGUCUCCAGUUCUGCAGAAACUAGUAAUUUGGUUCUCACCAAAAAAUAUUUUCAAAAGGUUUGGUUAGUGGGAGAUGGAAUGAAUAAAGAAGAACAAGUAAAAGCUCCAAAGGGAACGAUAUUCAUCCCCUUCUCUCAAUUUCCACCUCAACCAUUUCGCAAAGAUUGCUUUUACUACUGCACACCAGCAAUGUACACUCCUGCAUCUCUUGAGAAUCUUCACUCUUGUGAGAAUUGGUUGCCAAGAAGGGUGAUGAGUGCAUGGCGUAUAGCAGGAAUAGUACAUGGCUUUGAAGGUUGGAAUGAGCAUGAGUGUGGCUUUUAUACCACUGCCGAUAUUCAUAAAGUUUGGCAGGCCACUCUUCGUCAUGGAUUUCAACCACUACCAAUCACGUUUUCUUGUCUCGAAGUUUAAAUUAUUAUUAUUAUUCUAUAUAUCUAUUUCUUUUCUCUAUUGUAGAAGUGAAGAAAGACUAUCCUUAUAUAGAUCACUUGUAUACAUACAUGUGAUCUUGUUGAAGUUGUGUAAUAAUAUUUUCUGAGUUGAUCCAUUAAGGAUCGAUCAAUGUUUGUGAACUAGUAUAAUAAAUUAUUAAUUUAGU